UCGCUCAGUACUAUCCGAUGCCAGCAUGGCUAGCAACCCCACGGUUGUCCAGCCUCAUGCGGCAUCUGUGCAAAUGCCCAGCGAAUUCAAAACGGAGUAUCACCCUCGCUCUGCUCGUGCGACUCUCUACCAGAUGUUCGACGAAUUCGGUAUCACUCAGGAGAUGCAGCACGCACCCGUUGACGAGGAACCAUGGCGUCCUUUCAGGUCACGCGGGGACUUCGAAUUCUCUGAGAUUGCGCUUGAUGCUGCGCUAAAUAAGUCUCAAAUAAAUGCCCUCCUUGAACUCAUUUCGCGCAUCGCUCAAGUCCCUGUGAUAUACAAGAGGAAGGAGCAAGAAUACGAGGUCCACACACGGCCUGUGUGGGAUUGGGCCCUCGAUCUACUGGACAACCCCCUGCUCGCACCGCAUUUCGUGUGGGAUGCCUGCCGUGUUUACAAGCACAACGGUACGGAUUUCGAACGCUUUUUCAAUGAACCUUGGACAGGAGAUCGGUGGUGGGAUAUUCAAUCUUCUCUUCCGCCCGACGUUGAAAACGCUGUCCCAUUCUGUUUCAUUCUCUACGCUGAUAAGUCGAAGCUGUCGUCUCAUGGUACCGUCAAAGGGUAUCCAGUUGUAGUCCGAUGCGCAAACUUACCUGUAGACAUCCGUAAUGGCGAGGGGUUUGGUGGUGGUCGUGUAGUCGGAUGGUUGCCUAUUGUUCCUGACGAUGCAGCCGAAGAAGGAAAACUCGGAUACACAACGUUGAAGCGCGUUGUGUGGCAUGAAUCAUUUUUCAAGCUCCUGGAACAUGUCGCCCAGCACUCAAAGACUGGAUAUUCACACAAGGGCUAUAAUGGCAUUCUGCGAUGGCUGUUUCCUGUGAUACUGAUUCUUUCGGCUGACUAUGAAGAACAGUGCAUGAUGUCGCUGAUACGUGGCCGCGGUGGCAAAUGCCCUUGCCCCGUGUGCCUAGUACCAUUAGCGGAGCUCCACGACCUGUCAAAGAGCUACCCAAUCAAAACCGUGGAAGAAGCACAAGAAGCUCUCCGUAUUUAUGGGUGCAGUAAAGCUGAAGGCGAGCAGAUACUCAAAGCGCUCGGAUUACGACCUAAUGUUUUUUGGCUCAUCUUGCGUUCGAGUCCCCACGAUGCACUUAGUUUAGAUCGGCUGCAUUCAUUGCAUGCCGGUCUGUGGAAGCACCUACUUGAAGAAUUGAAGAAAAUCCUCGCUUACAGGAUCGCUAACUUCCCCCGAUGGCGCCACCUCACUCAUUUCGAAUCCGUUAUCAACAUUACAUUCACUGAUGGCAACAAAUACCAGGACCUCUCUAAGCAAACAUUAUAUCCGGCUUUGAACAUCCUGAUGCACAGAGCCAGUCCUGUAGGCCACCAGCUGCUUCGCGUUAUCAGCAGUUAUCUCCAGCUGGAUAGCUGGAUCGGUCUGGAUUUGCAUACUGAGCGCACACUUGCAGCGAUCGACGCCGAGCUCUUAGCUUAUAUUACAUGCGCUGAAGAGUCGGAGGUCGAGAAAUUGAAGCUUGACUGGAACUUUCCGAAGACCCACCUAUGGAAACAUGUUGUUCGUGAUAUCCGACUUAAAGGAGUAGCACGUAACUACAGCACGCGUCCGAACGAGAAGCUUCAUGGCCCCCUCAAAGACACCUAUCACCGUCGAACGAAUGGAAAGGAUACCGCGACGCAAAUACUUCGUAUUGAUCACCACAAAUUCGCCUCGAAACUUCUGAGAGAACGUGUCAACACGCUUGAUGAACACUGCCGGUUGCAGGCACUCGGCGAUGGCGGCUUGAUUGAAGACAUUGAUGUUCCUGUAGCCUUUAAUGGCCACUCGUGGUCAAACGGAUCGUGCUUUCAAUCUUUUCGUCGGAAAUUUAGUGAAUUCAUCAACAAUGCUCUGCCUACCUAUGGCCAUCAACUGACGAGUUGGGUUACAUUCCCAGGCGAUUUCAAGAUUCACGAGCACCGCUAUCUCAAGGUGAACUAUGAGUCGGCUGUGGACUGGAGGCAAAAUACCGACCACCUUCGGUGCAACCCCAAAUUCCAUGGGCGGCCACGAUUCGAUCACGCGCUCAUACAACUGACCGCUGAGGAAACAGCCUUCGUCCAGCUAAUUUUCAUGUUCAGAUGUCAUAUUUCGAAUCUCGGGCCCUUCGAAUUCGCACUUGUUCAACCAUACACUGCUAGAGUCGGUCCUCGCAGAACAGACUCCACCUUCAAGCUUACUCGUGUCAAGGCUGUCCCGAGGUCGUCAUCAAUAUUUGUCCCGCUUAAAUCUUUCAUUCGAGGAGCUGUUCUAGUCCCUGAUUCUGAGCAUCAAGAUGAAUACUUCGUUGUUGAUCACAUUGACGGUGACAUGUUUCUGCGAAUGAAACACAUAUGA